AUGUUGUCAAAUACAAUCUUUCAUAUUUUGUCAGAUACAAUCUUUAAUAUUUUGUCAGAUACAAUCUUUCAUAUUUUGUCAGAUACAAUCUUUAAUAUUUUGUCAGAUACAAUCUUUCAUAUUUUGUCAGAUACAAUCUUUCAUAUUUUGUCAAAUACAUUCUGCAGGGGAGCUAAUAUUGGCAGUGAUCACAAUCUUUGUAUUGCCAAACUAAAAAUUAAACUCAAGUCUCUACUUAAACCACCCAGAAAUAAGAAAAUAAACUUACAAGCCCUUUUGUCAAAAGAUCAUCAAAGCGCAUUUAAUGCAGAGAUACUCACGACCUAUGUAACCAAAACUAGUAAUGCGGAUACUACAAAUAACAUAGACAAAAAUUGGGACUUUUUCAAGAACACACUGACGAACGCUGCAGUAAACACAGUUGGUUAUGUACAAAAGCAGAAAAAGAAGUGGCUAAGCGACAACACUUGGUCAAAAAUCCAAGAAAGGAAACAAGCAAAAUUAACACUUUUAUCCAAAAAAGACACAUCUUCAUACGAAAAAUACAGCACGCUAGACAAAGAAGUGAAAUCAAAUGCAAGGAAAGACAAACAGAACUUCAUACACGACCUCGCCUUCGAUGCUGAAACAGCUGCCAAGAUUGGAAACAACAAAGCCGUAUUCCAUAUUAUGAAACAACUGUGCAAUCACUCACCUACACUAAAUACACCCAUUAAAGACAAGCAGGGUAAACUACUGCUAUCCGACGACCAACAAACAAAGCGAUGGGCAGAACAUUUCAAGGAAAUAUUAAAUAGACCAAAUCCUGACAUCAUUCCCAAUCUAGAAGAAGAAAUUAUUACACCGACACUA